CUCAGAGGGAAGUGAAACCCCUCUAUGGCCACAGAGAGAUAGAUACUCUUGGCCAUUAGAGCAGCUGCUGCAGCUCUCCACUCUGCUUCUGCUGUACUUGGGAGAGCGUGCCGUGGGAUUUACUGACAACAAAUCACUAGCAGAAGGAGAAAGUUAUUAGUCAGAGAUGGGUUUUGGGGAGGACCUGCAGUCUCCACAGGCGCAUGCAGCAGUUAUGCGGCUGCUGGACUCAGAGCUUCAUCUGAUGGAGGCCAUGAAGAAGUGGAUGGGUCAGCGAGCAAAGAGUGAGCGGGAAUUUUCAGUGCAGCUACACCACAUGACUGCUUUGGUGGAGAAGAUGGACAAACCUCAAAGCAGUGCAGGAGUAGAUUACAUCAGUCAGCUGAACAAGUCCUGGGGAGUGCUGGUAUCGCAGACAGAGUCCCUGAGUCAGGUGAUGAAGAGGCGCUCUGAAGAUCUGCUGGAUGGUCCAAUCAGCAAACUGACGCUGCUCAUCAGAGACAAACAGCAGCUCCGCAAAACAUACUCAGAGCACUGGAACCAUCUGAGACAGGAACUCAACAAGGCAACUCACACAGAGUUGGAGAAGCUGAAGAGUAGCUACAGGCAGGCAGUGAAAGAUACAGAUCAGGCCAAGAGGAAGUACCAGGAGACCAGUAAAGAUAAAGAUAGAGACAAGAAUAAAGAGCGUUACAUAAAGGCUACACUGAAGCUCCAUGAGCUCCAUAAUGAGUAUGUCCUGUCUGUGCGAGCUGCUCAAGUUUAUCAUCAGCACCACUACAAUCAGAUCCAGCCUGCCUUGCUCAGCGCCCUGCAGACUCUGCAGCAGGAGAUGGUGCUUAUACUAAAGGAGAUCCUGCAGGAGUACUUUGACAUCUCAACCCUCCUACAUUAUGAAGUAGUGCAAAUCCACAGGGAGUUGUCGUCAGCUCUAACAGCCAUCGAUCCUGACAGAGAAUAUGAGAGCUUUGUCCACCAGAACAGGUCAGUGGGAGAGAGUCCAGCUUGUGGAGAUUUUGAUUGUAGUCUCCUGGAGGACACUGAGCAUCUAAAGCCCUCAGAAAUUGAACUGAAUGACCUCACGCUCGAGACAAUCCAGCACAAUUCCUCUCCUUACACGAUUUGUCUAACUUCUUCUAUCAGACUGACUGCAAUUGAGGAAGAGCUACUGAACCUUGCACGUUCCCUGGGCUCUCAGCAGACUUCGGUCGAGCAGCUGGAGCUAGAGCUGGAGGAAGAGAAGGAAGGGGUCAAAAAGGGCCAGAGGGUCUACCAGUUCAGCAAGAGACAUGCAAUGGAGCAGUGCAGACAGCAGGUUGCUCUGUCUCAGGGCAUAAAAGCCAAGCUUGAGGUUCAGAGACUCAUUCUGAAGGAGAAACUGGACCAGCUGGGGUCCAGAGAACCUCCCACUGCUCUAAAACUCUUGGACUCAGACACUGUUUCACUUUCAUCUUGUACAGGAAAUUCUGUGUUUUUUCUCCAGAAUCACAAUCCUGCUCCAACCAAACAGCUCAUGGACGGGCUUCUUAACAACCUGAGUGGCCUGUUUAAACCCAAACCUGAGGUUCUUCCUGUUCUCACCCCUGUGCAAAUCAUGGACCGUCCUCUGGGGCAGCAAGACUGGUACCACGGAGCCAUUCCCAGACUGGAAGUCCAGCAGCUACUAAGAAAUGAUGGAGACUUUUUGGUGAGGAAGAGUCAAGAGAAACAGGGUUAUGUGCUCUCUGUACAAUGGGAUGGAUCCUGCAAACAUUUCCUCAUCCAGAGCACAGAUAAUUUGUACCGUCUGGAUGGAGAAGGCUUCCACAGCAUCACGCUGCUGAUCCAUCAUCUACAGUCGUCAGGACAACCUAUCACCAAGAAGUCAGAGGUUGUUCUAAAGAAACCUAUACUGAAGGACAAAUGGGUCCUGGAACAUGACGACAUUAUCCUGGGACCUCUCAUUGGACGGGGUAACUUUGGAGAGGUGUACAGGGGUAAUUUACGCUCUGAUAACACGCCUGUAGCUGUAAAAUCCUGUAAAGAAAACUUGGCCCCGGAGCACAAGAGUAAGUUCCUGAUGGAAGCCAGGAUCCUGAAGCAGUAUGAUCAUCCUAACAUUGUAAAGCUGAUUGGAGUGUGCACACAGAAACAGCCCAUUUACAUCAUCAUGGAGUUAAUUCAAGGUGGUGAUUUUCUCUCCUUCUUGCGCACCGAGGGUCACAGUCUGACACCCAAGGUGUUGGUCAAAAUGACUGAAAAUGUAGCAGCGGGCAUGGAGUACUUGGAGAGCAAGAAGUGUAUCCACAGGGACCUUGCAGCAAGAAACUGUUUGGUUGCAGAGCGCAAUAUGGUGAAGAUCAGUGACUUUGGGAUGUCCCGUCAGCAAGAUGAUGGUGUCUACUCUGCAGAGGGCGGCCUUAGACAGAUUCCUGUCAAAUGGACGGCUCCUGAAGCUUUGAACUAUGGCCGUUAUACCACACAGAGUGACGUCUGGAGCUUUGGGAUCUUACUGUGGGAAACUUUCUCUAUGGGAAUGACGCCCUACACAAGCAUGACCAACCAACAGACACGAGAAGAGGUGGAAAAAGGAUACCGCAUGUCUGCUCCUCAUGGCUGCCCAGUGGAAAUCUCCAGGAUCAUGAGCAGCUGCUGGCAGUACGACCCCAGAAACAGACCAUCUUUCAAGAAACUUCGUGCUGAGCUCAAUGCCAUAUACAGAAAAAUUACCAGAUGAAGUUUAACUCUUAAUUGGACGUUUUUUCAUUUCAUUUCCUUUGAGAAUAAGUAAAAAUCAAGUAAAAACCAACCAAUAAAACUCCAAGAUGAAAUAAAAAAUAAUAAAUCCAUGGGUAAUAUUUUUCUAGACAGUUUUUGUUGUGGAAAUUACCUGGAAAAUUGUGUUUGGUUGUGUAAUAUGUUAGUAGGCCAACUGAUGGCAGCACUUUGUUCCUUCCUUCUGUCGACCUUUUAAAUUAGUUUUUUAACACAUCUCCUUUGAGAGGGAAGCAUUGAGAUGUAACAAGGCUGGGAACAAUUCACUUUGAUUUCAGCACUGUAACCCUGUGGUGAAGUGCCUUGAAUUUAUGAAACACUCGUGAGUUAAAUACAGAGUUUGAUUAC